UCAGCGGUAUACACUAAUAGUUAAACCCAUCUGUAAUCUUAGUAUACUACGCUUUCCAUACCGAUAAACGCGGAUAAUACUGUCGGAAUUAUUCAUUAGCUUAACAAUUGCAUACGAUGCGGACAUUAAGUAUGUAGUUCGCUACGGUCUUUUAAUUCGUGAAUAUAUACGCUAAGCGGAAGUUGCCAUGGCAACCGAAGUUCGGAAGUUUGAAGCCUGGGACUGGGUGCUCUUCGCGUUGAUGCUCGGCAUCUCAGCGGUCAUCGGAAUCUUCUAUGCGGUCAAGGAAUUCAUGAACAAGGACUCCAACAACGCCGACUAUCUAAUGGGCGGACGCAACAUGCAGCUGGUUCCGGUCGCUAUUAGCAUCCUCGUCUCUUUCAUGUCGGCGAUCCUGAUACUCGGGACGCCGGCGGAAAUGUAUACCGCCGGAACUUUAUACUUUAUGUACCUGAUCGGUAUGAUCCUCGCCAUCAUCCUGUCGGCGCUCAUCUUCGUGCCUCUCCUUUACCCUCUGCGUCUCACCAGCAGCUUUGAAUACCUACAGUUGCGCUUUAAUUCACGGGCGGCAAAACUGACCGGGACAGUGAUCAUGAUUAUUCAGCAAAUUCUGUACAUGGGUAUCGCUUCCUACGCACCCUCCACUGCUUUAGAAGCAGUAACCGGUUUCCCAACCUGGGCCACCAUUAUCACAGUGGGAUGUGGGUCAACUUUCUAUACAUUUCUUGGCGGCAUGAAGGCGGUGGUGUGGACAGACGUGUUCCAGGCUGUGGUGAUGAUAGCGGGAAUUCUCGCAAUAGUGAUACAGGGUGCCAUGAAGGUUGGAGGCAUGAACACUGUGUGGAGGAUUAAUGAGGACUGGCACAGGAUCGAGUUCUGGAAUGCGGACUUCAACCCGACCACUCGCCACUCCAUCUGGUCGUUAGUAGUGGGUGGGAGUAUCCAAUGGAUGAGCAUAUACGGGUGUAACCAGGCCAGCGUUCAGCGGUACUGUGCUGUUCCAACCCUGAGGAAGGCCAAGUACGCGGUUCUCCUCAACAUUGGUGGCGUCUUCCUCCUCAUUCUUUGCACGUGUCUUGCGGGCAUCGUCAUGUUCGCCUACUACGCGCAGCAGGGCUGCGAUCCCUUGACAAGCAAGCAAGUGGCCAACGCCAAUCAGCUCAUACCGUACUUCGUCAUGGAAGUGCUGGGUUACCCUGGACUUCCUGGCCUCUUUGUAUCGUGUUUGUUUAGCGGUGCUUUAAGCACGAUGUCCUCGUGCCUUAACGCACUUGCUGCCGUUACGUGGGAGGAUAUCUUCAAGCCCGUCAUUGGCCACAAGGUGACGGAGCGCGUGAAGACGUGGAUAAGCAAGGGACUUGUGCUUGUUUACGGUGCUGCCGGCGUCGGCUUUGCGUUCAUUGCGCAGACCUUUGGCGGGACUGUGCUACAGGCAUCCAUUAGUUUUACUGGAGCAGCAUCGGGUCCACUUCUUGGUAUAUUUCUACUCGGUGGUCUUUUUCCGUGGGCAAAUUGGCAAGGCUGUGUAGUAGGCGGAAUACUGGGUCUGGCGUUCCCGCUUUGGAUCAGUGUCGGCGCGUAUGGCCUGCCCAGCAGUGGCUACAAACUGGACUUCCCUACGGCAAAUUGCUCGAUGGCAAACGUUACCAUGGUUACCACUACUGCGAUGACGACCACCACAACAGCGACUGUAACUGAACUGUCUGGAGUGCAGCUAUUGUAUACGGUGUCGUAUCUAUGGUAUCCAAGCAUUGGCAUGGCAACAGUUAUAGUUGUAGGACUAUUUGUCAGCCUCGUUACGGGAUGGCAAAAAGAGGAGGUAGAUCCGAAAUACCUCAUCCCCUUUUUCGACCGACUUGUAUGCUGUCUACCGGAGAAAUGGAGGGCCUUGUGCAGGUGUGGCUACCAGUUUAAAGACCCAGAGGUUCUGGUACACGACCAGCAAGAAAUUGUGAUCACAAAAGAGGAUCUAGAUGAACAAAAGAACGGCAACGGUUCCAUAUACGAGAAAACUCCAGUGACCUACGGCAAAUUUGCUGUGACGCCACUCGGCUACAAACCAUCGACGACACCACAUUUUGUGUAUACAAACUGUUCAUUUAAUUCCGAAGAGAUAUCUGAAUUCUGA